UUUCUAUAUUCUUUAUUAUUCCCCUUCUUAUACAAUUCAUUCACUCUCCUUCAUCUCUCUCGCUUUCUCUCUCUUUCUCUGGCCUCUCUCUCUCUCUCAGAAUUUACACACGAUCCAAUGACAACGACCAACAACGUGAACGGAUGUUUUGGAGACACGAAGCUGACCAAAGUGUUUGUAGGAGGAUUGGCUUGGGACACUAACAAAGAAGCAAUGCAUGAUCAUUUCAUCAAGUACGGUGAUAUCUUGGAGGCAGUCAUCAUCUCCGACAAACUCACUCGCCGUUCCAAAGGCUACGGCUUUGUGACUUUCAAAGAUGCGGAAGCCGCGAAGAGGGCUUGUGAAGACUCGACUCCGAUCAUCAAUGGCCGCCGUGCCAACUGCAAUCUUGCUUCCCUCGGUGGCCGCCUUCGUAGAUCUCCCACCGUGGCCUCCCCUCAACAAGGAUCUAAGCACGUGGGUAGGCCCAUGUCAGGACAUGUAGGGAACAAUCAAGCUCAAUGGUACUACCCUGCGGGAUUCGCACACCAGCAACAUCAACAACACCAUCAUCAGACCAUUCCUUUCUAUGGGUACCCUCCCUCCUAUGUCGCCCUGAACAUGACCUUCAAUCAAAAAGUUGGAUACGUUGGAGGCACCUAUAUGAGCGGAUACUAUGCACAACCGCAACCACAAUCGCUACCACUGCCACAACCACAAUAUUACCACCACCAUCACAUGUAUGGUGGAGGAAGAGUAAUGGUUGGGGCAAACCCGAUGAUGCCUCUCUACACUGUCUAUCCUUAUCAUCAAUCUCACGCCAUCGGUUUUCCUCAACCCUCUUAUACGAAACCCAUAUCAGGUACAGUUGGAGGAGGAGGAGAUAGCAUAAUGAAGAAGGCCAUAAGUUGAUGGGCUACACAACAAGUUGUUGACCAAACGAUUCAGCCCAAGAAUAUUCAUUUUCUCCGGCUCACAAUGUUUAUUUUUAAUAUAGAGACAAAUCAUUGUUAAAUUAAUUCCUUUACAUUUCAUAAUUUAUUCAUUAAAACUAUUUACUAGA